AUGGUCCGGACAUUUGGUGUUGUCGAGAGAGAUGUUGCAAAAUGGGUUGGCGUCCUAUCUGCCAUAUUUGCCCUCUGCCAAUGCAUCACUGCUGUUCCCUGGGGAAAUUUAUCUGACCGAAUUGGACGCAAACCCGUAAUAUUAACGUGUCUCUCUAUAACGAUGUUUUUUACCCUUCUCUUCGGAGUCUCUACUUCGCUACCCAUGGCUGUGUUAGCGCGCGCUUGUCUUGGGUUCAGCAGUGGGAAUGUUGGGAUCAUUCGAACCGUUGUGGCCGAGCUUGUACCCGAGCGUGAGCUUCAACCUCGGGCCUUCAGUUUAAUGCCCCUAGUAUGGACUAUUGGGAGCAUAUUUGGCCCUGCGUUCGGAGGAGCCCUUGUGAAUCCAGUAAAGAAAUACCCAGAAAUUUUCAGAAAUAGUCAUUUUUUCAAGACGUACCCAUUUGCCCUGCCAAAUUUACUUUCAGGAGGCUUCUUUAUUAUCGGAAUUAUCACGGGUUUUCUAUUCUUGAAGGAAACUCUAUCAUUCAAAAAGAACGAGCGAGACUAUGGUCUCAUCCUUGGUGAAAUGCUAACUAGCGUGUGCUGCCGCUGCAGAAGAAAGCUGGUAAAGAAUCCUGGGCAUGGAGACGACGAAUCCACUCCCCUUCUUGGUGACCGUCGGAUACCUGUAUCGGCCGCAAGUAAGGAACAAAAACGGCCGAAUACCUCUGCUAAGUGGUCGGAGGUUUUAACCUUCCAGUCUGUGAUAAUUCUCUCAAUAUAUGCUUCCUUAGGGCUCCAUAGUGUUGCUUUCGACUCUGUGCUGCCCGUGUUUUUAAACCAUCCAAGGCAGAAACUGGAAAAUAACCCGGAUGUGAAACUUCCCCUUCCCUUCAAGUUCUCCUCUGGGUUUGGUAUAGGUAUGUGA